AUGGCAAAUACUAAUUCAACUGAAAUAGAAAAUACUGAAAUUAAAGAUGAUAUCAAACAACAUGGUCAAUGUAUAUUACGUGCAAAAACAGCAUUGAUUAAACCUUAUUCAAAAUAUACUGAAGAAGGUCUUCGUCCACGAACACCCAAUGAACCAUAUACAUGCUUAACAAAAGAACAAGAAUCAAAUAUCGAACGUACAGCUAGUCCGAUAUUUUUUAAUAAAGCUCGUAUAUCAACAGCAACAGGAGCCUUUCGAUGUUAUCGUCAACGUCAAACAGAUUCAUAUCCAAUGAGUCAUUUACGUAUGGGUGGUGCUGUUGGUGGUGGUACAGAAUAUACAUAUAUUACACCACAAGCUUAUACAUCAAAAUUACCAGAUGAAUAUAAUGGUUGUACAGGAAAUGCUUUUCCUAAAUGGUAUCCAAAUCGAGCUGGUGAACGAACACUUGGACAUUUACGAGAUGGUGAACCUGUAGAAAGAUAUGUUUCAAUUGAUAUGUUUCGUCGUCCACCAACAGCACGUUCUGGUCAAAUUAUUUUUGAUCAUGGACGACCUAAUGAUGGAUAUUAUUUACAAAGAAAUGGAUAUGAUACAACAUGGUUUCAUUCUAAUCUUAAUUUAAAUCGUCAUCAUAUACUUGAUUCAAUUCAACUUAAAACAACAGCUGAAUAUGAACAACAACAUGCCGAACAACAAGAUCAAUAUCGAAAAGCAAAAGAAAAAUGGCCACAUUUAUCUGAAUAUAAUGAUCAAUUUGUACUUAAAUCAACAGUUGAACGAAAAAGAAAAACAGAUUUGGAACAAGCUAAACAACAUAUUGCACAAAAUCCAACACGUCGUUCAUCAUUACAUAAUCAAUUAGCAGCAAGAGCUGUUGCUCAAGGUCGAACAUUAAUAAAUGAACCAUCGCUAACUGUCAAAUGUUAA